UUCGAGGGUUGCUUUGGGUUUCUACUGAACGGUUUUAUGUUUAUUGUGAAGCCAACGAAGCCUCGCUCGCAGAUCACUCGUGGUCUUAUCUCGAACUACAGAGUGAAAGUUCCGUCGUCGGCACAUCGCUACAGUUCUUUCAGUGGUCAGUACCGUUGCGGUUUAAGAGAUCUAAAUACUUAAACUGUAAUGGCUCUCAACCCUUCUUUACGCCUUGGCUCAAUCUCUAUUUCGUCGAGAAAGCUUCAAGCCCCUUUGUGUUAUGAAAAUGUUAAAUCAACCGUUGCUUUGGCGGCAAACAGUGCUCUCAGGGCAUCCUUUCGUGUUUCCGCGGCUGAUUCCACUCCGAAGGCUCGUCUUAUUGCCAGGCGGUCAGAAACAGUCCCUGUUCGACAGCUUGGUCGCCCUCUAAGUGAAUAUAUGAGUUUACCUGCAAGCCAAUACUCUGUCUUGGAUGCUGAGCGAAUUGAGCGGGUUGACGAUACCACCUUCCGGUGUUAUGUUUAUAGGUUUAAGUUCUUUGCUUUUGAGGUUUGCCCAGUUCUGCUAGUUAGAGUUGAAGAGCAACCCAAUGGCUGCAUCAUUAGGCUCUUGUCAUGCAAGCUAGAGGGUUCUCCGAUUGUGGUUGCACAGAAUGAGAAGUUUGAUGCUUCCAUGGUGAAUCAAAUAUCUUGUGGCAGUGAUCGGCGUAACUCUUCAGUUCAGCUGCUCACUUCAGAUGCAGUUAUUGAGGUUACCAUUGAUAUCCCUUUUGCAUUUCGAGCAAUUCCUGUGGAAGUAAUAAAAUCAACUGGAACCCAAGUCCUUGAACAAAUACUACGGAUUAUGCUUCCCCGAUUUAUGGCACAGCUAGUUAAGGAUUACCAGGCUUGGGCUUCGGGCGAUACUUCGAGGCAGCCUAUUGGGACUGGUGAGAUUUGAUACUUGCAUGAAUCUCUGCUGCCCCUCAACUUUGGCCUUUGGACUUGACUUACCAGCCUGUAUAAUAAACAUGGAGAA